AAUGAAAAAAAAAAGAAAAGAAAAGAAAAAAAAAGAAAAGAAAAAGAGAAAAAAAGGUCGUGUCGCGCUUAGCAUCGCAGAUAAUUCCGCCUUCUGUACUCCGUACGGACUGGUAGAUGGAGAAUAUAACGAUGUUAGAACGGGUGUGCAACAUUGUGUAGCUUCCAAUGGUUCCCUAGCCCAUGACUCAGGAUGAAGAGAUACAUUCUUUACCCUCUCAUCAGAAGGUAAAUGCUCUGCUGAUUGGAAUAGUAAAUAAAGGGGGUUGCCAGGGCCGAGAGCGAUCUGAGGACAGGGAAUAUUAUUAAUCCGACCUCCUAAACCGAUCUUGCGAUCGUGGCGUCUUGACUGCAUCUCCUCUGAUGACAUUUCCCAUAAACGACAAUUAGCUGAGAAGUGCGACUCAAUUCAUGCAUGUUACCUCUUCAUGUAUCAGAGAGAGAAUGGAACCUCGGAACCUCUGCUGGAUGCGAGAGCAUCGAUCAUUAAACAUGGGUUCCUGUGAGGGUUUCUGUGACGCAGCAAACUAGGAUCGAUCGGCCGACUGUCUACAACAUUAAGCUGAAUAGUAUGCAUCUUUUCGGGAAGGCCGGCAAAGAGGUUUAUUUAUUCAUCAGCGUCCGCUGAUCACAUCUUGACGACUUUCUGUUGAAUUUUCUACCCCUUAUGUCGUGAUACAUUUCUUGGCUAUAUGAGAAAGCUGGCGCAAUCUACAUACUUCCUCUGUUCAGCAUUGGAACCGUCACGGCCCCCACGGGUGCGUGCGAGAAUGUGGGAGCCCUAUUACCCGUGCAGUCACCAAAAAUACCCUACAGCUACUUUUGGGGCAACUAUACCUAGCCUUUGUUUCAGGGACCUCGCGACGUAUCAAAUAGGUGUCACCAACACUGUCCGUCAUGGUCGCGCGUUUGACGCGGCAUUACUUGUCCCGAUUGUCAUGCUUAACACAUGCACUUCUCAAAUCCAUCAGCGAGUCAAUUCCCUCGAUAUUUGGUGGUAGUCCCGUACAGCAUGUUUACAUAUACAGUACUUUUUUAACAAAGCCACACGUUUGCCGAAACCCAUUCUUAUCUCGUCCCACAUAAUCGAGCUGCUAUGUAGAGCCGCGUAGACUCAUUGACGACACCUGUGGAUCCCUAGUGCGCCUUAACAUGGGCGCACUAACAUUUAAUAUCGGAGGCGCUCAGCACAUCCAUCAUAUAAGCAGCGAUGCGAGCAUUCAAAAACGGAUGAUGUGCCGUUAUUCCUUGACACCACUCAUACAAGUCCGGCGAUGACAAUGCAACGGUUUUAGAAAGAUUCCGCCGAAAUGUGGGAGCUUGAACUUUUGACUCCGAGCCCUUACUGUCUCUUCUACAAAUGCAGGUCCUGCCAGCGUGUACGCCGAAAUAAUAAUUGAUGUGCGCUUCCGCUAUUAUCAAACUCGGGGUGGAGGGUGCACCUUCCCUUGAACUCGGUCAAACCGGCCAAACCAAAAUAUUAUAACGACAAAAGCAAGAUUCUCUAUGCUCCAAGCAUAAGAUAUGCUACAUGGCAUGCUACUGCAUUCAUCCUUUGAGAUUUAACGUUGCCUCUUGUUAGAAUAAGUCUAACCUUGGCUAUACCGGUCAACUUUGGUUUUUAAUUGCAGGGUACUCAAUGGUUAAUAGGACAAAGAGUUAGAUGAUCACCAGCUAACAGGGCUACCUAGCAAAAUUCAGAUGCGUUUGCUGUUCCAGUGAGGUUUUCUUGCGCUUUAACCCGUGCCGCCACUACCAGGAGACCAGACAAUGGGGGAAAAAUGAUUGUUUAUCUUCCAACUUCGAUAUGCGUGUGAACUGAUGUGUAUCUGCUUGUGGCGCUGCAGAAGCAGGUACAGGUAUUGUUUUUUCAAGCAAAUUGAUUCUCUUUGUUCAUUUUAUUGUGCAUGGAUGUAUAUGCAUAUAUCCCCAUGUAUGCACAUCUAAACUCUUCAAACACUCGCUGUACCACUCUCCCUUGUGUGAUAUUUCAGUUAAUUUUUAUUUAGAGAUCAAUGGAUUGGCAUGCGUUGGCCUGCAUUUAUUGCUGCCCGUGCUCUGAUUUUUAGAGCUUCGAGUCUCUAGUAUAAAGUUCUACACUCGCGGUCCAUUCGAGGUAGGUAAGCUUCUCAACAGCUCGUCAGUCACAGCAUCCUGGCACCGAGCUGUUUGGCUUUUGUAUCUGCUUUUCCAAUACUAGAAGCUCCACGAUUUGCUUGUUUCUUCACUUGGUUGCCAAACCGCUGUUCCCACACCACACCAUGCACCUACAGGGUGCUUUAGUUAUUCUUGCGGCACUUGGGGUCAAUGGAUUGCCAACCCUAGCACCGAAAGCACUUCAGGAACGAGAAGGAGAACAACUCGUGCCCAAUACAGGGGGCUGCGUCAUCGAAAAACCAUGGUGUACGCGGGCCGACGAGACCGGAAACGCCAGGCGUCAAGGAAACUCUCAGAGACCCCCAACGGUGAAACGUCAAAGAAAUACCGAAGGUUUCUGGCCGCCGUCGUGGCCAAACCCUCCUAAGGAAGGACCUCCUGCAAGCGAAACUAAUAACAAGAUAAGAACUACGAUACCCCUAGCGAGCCCGACAAGCGGAUCCUCGCCACUACGACGAAGGUCUGCUCAAACAACUCCACUUGAGAGGCCGGAUAGGCCUACACAGCCUGGGCAAACUUCAAGUUGCAACGGCUGGUACGAUAUUAAGGAAGGCGAUACCUGUGAUACAGUGACUGUGAAGUUCAAUAUCAAGAUGGAACAAUUUCUGGAGUGGAAUCCUGCUGUCUCGAAGAAUUGCGACAAAGAAAUCGAGCUCAACUUUUCGUACUGCGUGAGAGUUCUCGGGUCGAAGAGAGCCAAGCGCACAGACCCGUUUACCUUGACUAUUCCCACCACCGCAGCGCCCUCCAUAACGCCACCAUUUGGGAAUGGUAUUCAGGCACGAGAAAAUAAUGUCCAUCCAGUGACAGUAGGACCCGAUGGGGUCCUUCUCCCGCCGAAUCGGGCACGACGAAUGCCAACCGUGACUUUCGACGCCGAUCAGCCCCAUCCAGUGUCCUUAACACCUGAUGGCAUCUUAAUCGACCCGGCUCCAGGGGUUGAGGUCCGUCCAAAAGUAAGACCCGAUGGCGAACUUCCCAGGCCUAUUCGGGCCCGAGCAACGCAAAUUCCAGAACCGUUGCCUGAGCUCCCCCCACUUUUUGAACCAACCCAGACCCCAACGGAUGAAGACAAAAGUGAGAAACGGAACGAGAUACCAGAGAUUACCAGAAGGCAGACAAUCGAAUGCGCCAGGCAGUGGACGGUGGGGCCGUAAGUGUUUCUCUCCCCCUUCAUUCCUAUUCUCCAAAAGGAUCAUAGUUACUUUCUCCGCCCAGACUCCUACCAGGCUGCCCGUAGUCUUAAGCUGACGUUAUGCAACCCUUUCAAAGAAACGAUACGUGCGAGUCCAUAUCCAGGGUCGCGGGAAUUUCCGUCGCAGAGCUCGUAGCGCUAAAUCCCAUUACCCUCGCAAGCUGCGAUAACAUGCCCCUAUCGCAACAAAUCUGUCUGCGCGCAGGAAAACCUGAACCCGCUCGCCCCGUUUCCAUGCGGGACCUCCCACUCCUAAGCCCCACGCCAACUAUCAAGUAGACGUAGAUAGACCGUUCGAGGAGGCCAAACGUGAAUGACUUUUUGUCUCGUGUAUGGUAUGGUCUCUCUCUCCCUUUUCUUUCUUUCCCAUCUUUGCUUCUUUUUCGCUUUUCCACAGUUCUCUUCUCUCUCCGUUCGGUUACUUUUUUUUAUGCGCGCUUCUGGGGGGGGGGGGGGGGAACAGAGCGGAGAGUCAAGUCGAAGCAAGCGUUGCUUCGUUUACACUCGUUCAUCCAAUUAUUGAGAGUGAGCAGGAGGACCAGGAAUUUUGUUCUUUUGAAUUUUAUGUAAGGGGGUAGAUACAACUUCAGACGGGCCAUGACCAGACGGACAUUUAGAUCUGGUUUUUUAAAAACAAGAAAAAGAGGUAUCCGAGUAAUUCUUUUUCUACAAUCAGCAGCGGAGCAGUAGUGCUGUCAUUAUAUAAGAGUUAAACAGAAAGAAAUACAGCACAGAGAGAAUUAAAAUAAAUAACCACAUCCUUUUACAAUAGUGUUCUUUAUUUAGAGAAGAAGCUAAAAUGAAAAAAUCUCAACUCAAAAAAAAUAUGAAUUCAUUUCCUCCCUCUUUAAGUUUCAUUCAAACGUUCUCUAUAUUACUUAGUUAUUACACAUAAAAUAAACAAGCAACUCGUGA